AGCGGCGGAGGAAACCGGUACGGAGAUCCUCUGCCGCCGGCGCCGCGGCUGCGCCCAUGGGCGGGGGGCGCGGGGCGCGCCCCCUCAGAGCCGCCGGCUGAGGGCGCGGGGCGGUGGCCCGGCGGCGGGGGCAGGCGAGGGGAGGCGGCGGCGGGCGGCGAUGAAGGGCCGGCGGAGAGGAUGCCCCCGCCUCGCCCGCCGGGCUCCAACUUCGCGGAGAACUAUCGGCCCCGCAGCCCCCGCGCCCGCCCUGCCUCGCCAGGCCGCGCGUCCAACUUAAUGCCCCAGCGGGAGCCCCAGCCAGCAGCCCCCCCGGCCUCUGGCGUCCGCACUCCCCCGCAGCAGCCCGGGCUCCCGGCGGCCUCCCGGUGCCGGCGGAGCCCCUGGCCCCGGCGCGCGUGGGUCCCGCGGCGCCCGGGGCGGCGGCAGAGCGGCAUGCGGCGGCCCCGCGCACCAUGAGACAGGGCACCGGCACCGGCGGCAGGCAGGAGGCGGGCAGCGUCCCCGGCUCCUCGUCGGCGAGGAAGAGUUUCCCGGCUCCCGAGGCCGGCCUCCUGCGCGGCUGGAGCAGCGGCGGCCGCUGCCGCAACGGCACCGGGAGGCACCGGAAAAGCGGCGGCAUCCAGCUCGCCGGCACCGGCGGCGGUUCCCGCGCCCAGGUGGCCACCGCGGACAGCAGCAGCAGCGGCGGCGGCGGCGGCGGCGGCGGCUGGGGCUUCCCCGCCGCGCUCCCGCAGCACCGGCACCCCAGAAAAAACUGCUUAGACAAUCUAAUGGAUGAAGAUGAGAAAGACAGGGCAAAGAGGGCUUCGCGUAACAAGUCUGAGAAGAAGAGGCGCGAUCAGUUCAAUGUUCUCAUCAAAGAGCUCAGCUCCAUGCUUCCAGGCAACACUCGCAAAAUGGACAAAACCACUGUGCUGGAAAAAGUCAUCGGCUUUCUGCAGAAACACAAUGAAGUCUCAGCGCAGACGGAGAUUUCUGAAAUUCAGCAGGAUUGGAAGCCUUCAUUUCUCAGCAAUGAAGAAUUCACCCAGCUGAUGUUGGAGGCAUUAGAUGGCUUCAUUAUAGCAGUAACCACAGGUGGAAGCAUCAUCUAUGUGUCUGACAGCAUCACACCUCUUCUAGGGCAUUUACCGUGUGAUGUCUUGGAUCAGAAUUUGUUAAACUUCCUCCCAGAGCAAGAACACUCAGAAAUUUAUAAGAUGUUAUCUUCUUGCAUGCUUAUGACAGAUUCUGCCUCAUCCGAUUACCUAAAAACUGACAAUGAACUAGAGUUUUAUUGUCAUCUUCUGAGAGGAAGUUUGAACCCAAAGGAAUUUCCAACAUAUGAAUACAUAAAAUUUGUAGGAAAUUUUCGGUCUUACAGCAAUGUGCCUAACUCCACUUGCAAUGGCUUUGAUGAGGCUGUCCCAAGGGCUUACAGAACAUCCCCGGGAAAGCAGAUCUGCUUUGUUGCAACUGUUCGUUUGGCAACACCUCAGUUUUUAAAGGAGAUGUGCAUCGUAGAAGAACCUCUAGAGGAAUUCACAUCAAGACACAGUCUGGAGUGGAAAUUUUUAUUCCUGGAUCACAGAGCGCCGCCGAUUAUCGGAUACUUGCCUUUUGAAGUGCUGGGUACUUCUGGCUACGACUAUUACCACAUAGAUGACCUAGAGCUGCUAGCAAGGUGCCAUGAACACUUGAUGCAGUUCGGCAAGGGGAAGUCAUGCUGCUAUCGGUUUCUGACCAAAGGACAGCAGUGGAUCUGGCUCCAGACCCAUUACUACAUCACCUACCACCAGUGGAACUCCAAGCCAGAGUUCAUUGUGUGCACUCACAUGGUGGUAAGUUAUGCAGAUGUUCGGGUGGAGAGGAGACAGGAGAUGGGCUUGGAAGAAGUGUCCUCAGAGGUGGUGUCCUCAGCACUAAAGGAGAGUGGUGCCAGCUUGGAUCCUGAACAGCACUUUAAUGCACUUGAUAUUGGUGCCUCAAUCCUCAGCGCUAGUCGGACUCCCUCAGUAUCAUCCAGGAGCUCACCAAAAUCUUCCCACACACCCAAGUCAGACCCAGCAUCUACACCAACAAAGCUGAUUACGGAGUCCAACACUCCCUUGCCAAGAACACCGAGUGCACAGCAGGAUUUAUCUGUGCAUAGACUCAGCCAGCCUACUGCUCUUCAGGUUUCUUUGCCUUCUCAGCUUCCAUGUGAGCUUCUCCCACAGCAGUUGCUGCCUCAAGCAACUCUGCAAAAUCAGCCUGCACCUCUGGCACAGUUCUCGGCACAAUUCAGCAUGUUCCAGACCAUCAAGGACCAGCUAGAGCAGCGGACACGGAUCCUGCAGGCCAACAUCCGCUGGCAGCAGGAGGAGCUCCAGAAGAUACAGGAGCAGCUCUGCCUGGUCCAAGACUCCAGCGUGCAGAUGAUCUUACAGCAGCCAACCGUGUCCCUGAGCUUUAGCAAUACUCAGCAGCUGGACCCACAACAGCUACAGCAGAGAUCAGGGGCUCUUUCUCAGCAGCAGCUUGUCCCCAGUUCUCAACUUCAAGGGCAAAUCACAUCUUCACAAACAACAAACCAGCAGUCACUGAGAGAAGCAAGCGUGAUAUCGAGCCAGGGCCCGAAGGCGGCGCGGAGCGCGGAGCUGGCGCCGGGCGGCGGCCGCGCCCCGCCCCGCCCCGCGCCCGCGCCCUUCGCCUCCGGCGGCGGCGGCCCCGCGGCGCCCCCUGGCGGCCUGUCCCGCGGCGGCACCCCCGCGCCCGCCGGCUGCAGCCACGACCAGCAGCUCAGAUUGUUGCUUAGCCAGCCUAUUCAGCCCAUGAUGCCUGGGUCCUGUAAUGCAAGACACCCUUCAGACCUCAGCAUGGCGGGAUCCCAGGCCAAGUAUUCUCAAACCCAACAAAUCUUUCAAAGUUUGGAAGUGCAGACUUCCAGCAGCAGCUCUCCAAUCGUACUGAUGGGACAAGCAGUGUUAAACCAAGGGUUCACCACUACCCCUCCUUCCCAGCCAUCCUCUUUGCCACCUAUGCAACUCCAGCACCAACAGCAUCAGCAACAACGCUACCUGCAGGUCCAAACACCAAGUUCUUUGCACAAUGAACAACCUGAUUCUUUGCUCCUGCCAUCUUACUCACCACAGCAAGGAAAUAUGGGGUAUCAUCAGACACAGCAGCAACAGCAGCAACAACUAACAUCAAGAAGAAGGAAUAGUUUAUCAGAAUCAUCAAAUUUACCACAGCCACUGCGAUAAGAGUCCCACCAGCACAAUCAAUGCACGAUUAGCUUUAACCAAUGGGCACAUGGGGCAGAAGAGAGUGACUUUGUACUUACUGUUCUGGCUUUUGCACAAGCAUUUCUUUCCAAGCUCUAUGACAGAAGUACGCCCAGAGUGCAGACUGCCACAGACAGCGCGUUCACGGCACGCUGGCUUCCGUUCGCACUGUGUCGUGAGCACAGGAUGUACUGACAGAGCAAAAUCUAAAGGAGCACUGUCCUGUGCAACCUCCAUCACCGCUGGGAGCAUGGGAAGAGGCGUUCAAUCCCGGCGUGUCACUCUGGAAGCCAUCUGGCAAUUCCAAAAGACUGUCAACAGACUUAUGAGGUACUUGGCCUUCACUGUUUCAGUUCUUCUUUUGUGUAUGAAAAGCACUGCAUCAAAGGUCUAUCGAGGAGAGAACAAGAGAUUAUUUUUAUUAUGAUUAUUGUUAUUAUUUUGCACAACUGCACAGAUGAGAAAACUAGGCACUUUCUGUAAAGAGAAGUUUGUUUCUUUAUUCUUGUGGCCAAAUUAGCACAUCCAAUGGAGGAAAAAGCCCAGCCAUUGGUGAAGAUGGUCUACAGCUCAUAACCCUUGAUUUAGAAUCUGAAAAGUAUUAUGCAGCUUACCCUAACUGUUCUUCAUUACUAAAAACAAACCAACCAAAAAAAACAAACCCACAACCCACACUGGACUGUUUCCUACAUGAAUUGUGAUUGCGAAGGAGAACUCAAAUUGUAAGCACAAUCAUGCAAUUCUCCAGUAGUACAACAUGCAUCCUUCUUCAACCUAAACUCACCCACUCCAAGUCUCUGAGAAAUAUGCACUGUGUUUUGGCCCACUGACUUGGGAUGCUGCAGACUAUUACAUAUCUCUUUCAUUAUAACAUUUAGGAUUAAAUUUUCCUUUGGAGGAAAAAAAAAAGAAAAUGCACUUUUCGCUUUUUUUGUAUGUUUUCCGUUGAUAUGUUUCUAAGAAAGAUUUUAUGUAAUUAUUAAAUGAAAAGUAGUGUAUUGUACAGCUGUUGUAAUAAUGACCUAUUUCUAUAUAAAAUAAAAUUAUAUGGAAUUAUGUGGAAAUUAUUUUGUAUAUGAAAUAUCAACUCAUUUCACAAGUAUAAAGAUUGUGCUUGUGCUUUUUUGUGAGUGGUAUUUUGUAAUAAACUAAUGAAUUAGAAAUGUUUUUGUGAAGGGAACUACUGUUUCAUGCUAUAUACAACUCAAACUAUUAUUUUUUUCCAUUUAAUGAUGGACAGUUGUCUUUAUUUGUAGAAUAAAAUAAAAUAGCCAAAAGGCUUUAUUGCAGGACUUGCA